UUCCUUUCAUGCUACCGCCUUCUGCACCCAUUCAUAAAUUAAAGAAAAAAAAAGAAAAAGGAGAGAAAGACGCAAUCUUUUCUGUCACAAAUCUUACAGGUUUCCUUCUCCCCACUUUGUAAUUAAUUUGUAUCAUUCAUUCGCAAAGAUUCGAUCUUUCAAUGAAAUUAAACAAAGAUUCUUUCUGGUCAUAAAAACCGAACCUUUAAUUCAUCUCUCGUUAUCUCUUCUUCUUCUUCUUUUAUGGUUUUGAUUCCUUCGAUAAUCUCAUACUUUCUAUUCCUGAGUUUGAUUCAUCCGCUUCUUUCCGAGAAACCCGACCCGGAGGAAGCCAUGAGAGUCCAUCCAAUCCACAACAACAACAACACCUUGAUCCACCACCAUCGCCAUAACCCGACCCGAGAACCCGGAAAGAAUCUCCGUCGUCUACCGCACAUCUUCAACCGCGUUCUCGAGCUUCCGUUGAGGUCCGAAGCGGAUGUCACCGUGGAAGAGAGACCCGAUUGUUUCAGAUUCGUGGCGGAGACGGAGGGCGUCUGCGGCGGAGAGAUGAGGGCGUACGUGGUGGAUAUCCAUCCGGGUAUAACCAAGAUCGUUGUGAGGACGAAUGGGUUGUCUUUGGGUUUGUCGUUGGACGAGUUGGAGCUUGAUGUCUGGCGUUUUAGGCUUCCGGAGACGACGAGGGCUGAGCUUGUUACGGUCGUUUGUGUUGAUGGGGUUUUGAUUGUUACCGUUCCGAAGAUGGACAAUGAUGGUGGUUUUGGACAAGGUAUUGGAAGUGGGAGGCUUGUUCUUGUUCAGUAAUACAGUUUGGUUUAUGUAAUGAUGUCUUAAAACCAUUUGCUUUUUUUGAAUGUUUGAUUUCAAGAAACAAAACCUCGUUUCUUUCAUAUAUUGUUGUUAGCCUUCUUUUUUUUUUGUUGGCAAUGUAGUGAAAUAAGAAGAAAGGUUGAGAGACUUUUGAUUGA